UGUGCAUUGGCCAGGAUGCAGAAAUCGGGCUCCGACGAGGGAGCCACCUCUGCUGGCCAGCCGGAUGAAUCGCCGCCGGCUCCCUCCCAGAAAUCCAUCGAUUCCGGCAACGGCGCCGAGUUUCAAAUCAGUUUGAACGAGUUCCUAGAGUUUCUGAAACUAUCCUGUCAUGUGAACGACAUGAUAGCGAAGGCCGACAUGGGGAAACCACACACCAGGGAGCCAGUGCCGCCAAUGGAGGGCAGUGCCGCCACAGCCAAGAGAAGUUGCAAAAAGGACGAGUUCGACUUUGCCCACCUGGCGGACAAUCCGCUGGUCAACGAGCUGCUCGGAUUGCGACGUCCCUCAAGGAACGAGAGUCGCUCCAGUUUGCUCCAGGAGGCGAAGUCCAGUGUAUUGCGUUCGGGACACACUCACCACAGCCGCACAUCCCGUCCAGAGUCCACCUACCGGGGACUGCAUCCCAAGUUGGGCGAGCAACUGGAUGCGGCCAUCAACGAGGGUGUCCUGGACUCGGUGUUGUCCUUCAUAUGCCCGGUUCCAAUGCCCACUCAGCUCCAGAAUGGCAGGUGUAAGCCCAAGCAACUGCAGCCGCCAACGAAGGAGCCACUUGCUCAGACAUCGCCCACUCCCACGGCGAAUCCAGUUCCACCUGCUGCUCCUCUGCCCACCGGUGCAUCCAAAUCCAUGAUGGAGCUGGGCCACUCGCAUGCGCCGUUGUCUGCAGCCACUUCUUCGGUUCCGUGCCUCCAGCAGGUCCAUCCCGGUGGGGAUGCACUGCAUCCGGAUCAGAUGACCAAUAGCAUGGUGCGAGCGCUGAUCAAGGAGCCCAUCCAAAAGCCUGUGGGUCUAAAUGCCGGCAGACGCAAAUCUCUACUGCUGGUUAAGGACAGCAAGCACGCCAGGCAGGAGAGGAAGGAACCCGAAGUGGUGAUCCACGUCUGCGACGAGGUGAAGAACACUUCGAAGGACUUCACGUGCCCGCAACACCUGCUGGUGACCAAAAUGGGUUACUUUGCGGACGUGACCGCUGGGCAACGGUUGGAGGAGAUGGACAUAUCGGUGCACUGCGACAUCCUGAUCUUCGACUGGCUGAUGAAGUGGAUCAAGCACAGUGCCCAGAGCCAGGAUCUGCCAGUUUCCGGCCAGAGCACCGGGCCGCAAUUGGACGGGAAUAAUGUGGUGCCCAUUUUGGUGUCGGCCAGCUUCCUGCAGAUGGAACCGCUGCUGCUCGAGUGUCUGGCCUUCUGCCACGCCCAUCUCAGCGAAGUGGUCCGCACCUCGACGAACCUGUCGUGCCUGAACGAUGCCUUGGUCACCCGACUGGCGGCCAUGUUCACCAAUCUGGAGCUGGAGAUGGUGCGGGACAAGAAGGAGCGGGUCACGCCGCGUCUGUGGACCAAGCUGAUACAGUCCCUCUGCGAACCGGAUCCGGAGGCGCUGAGGGGACAUUUCUACAGCAUGUCCGGUCUAUUCCGCUGCUCGCGCUGCUUCAACUGCGUGACCAACACCAUGAAGUCCUAUGUGAGCUGUGUGCCCAGCAACAUCCGGCUGAACCGCUGGGGUCAGCUGAUGAGCCACCAUGUGCGGGACACCAACUGGGAUCUGAACGUCUACAUCGUUCAGUUGUUCAAGGAGCUCAAGUCGUGGCGGAAAGUCUACUGGAAACUGUGGGGUCACUGCCACUAUCUCUACUGCUGCACCUGCGAGGCCCAUUUUCCGGUCUACCAGAUGCACUGGUGUCGCUUCCAUCCGGAGUCGCCCAACUUCCUGGGACCCGUGGGAAAUGCCGGACCCGCCGGACGCUUUUCCUGCUGCGGUCAGCAGGCCUUCCGUUACGAAACGCUGCCGGGACCAAAUGGCUGCCAGUUCCGCGAGCACAGCGUGCUGGUGGAGACGGAUCGCGAGCGGGCCAUUCUGGCCAUUGCCCAGUUGGUGGGCGAGAACUAUGCGCUGUGCGAACAGGCACCGCUGCGGAUCCAGGAACUGGCUGCCGCCGGCGAGAUCAGUCCCAGCUGGCAGGGGAUCUCCCUGACGCCCCAGAGAUGUCGCCAGGGCCUGCUGCCGCAGCUCUGCAUGGACAGUGUGCUGAAGAGGGUGACCAACCACCGGGUGAGCCGACGGAUGCGCGGAUCGCGCUACCAAAUGGACACCAGCACCGAUUCCGAGACGACGUCGACCAGUGAGGAUGAUGCCCGUUGCCUGCGUCCGCGCAUGCGCAACGUUCACGAUGACGACGAGGAUUACAGCUCCAGUAGUGAUGGCUGCGAGUCGGAGCACCGUCCACCACCUAGGAAAACACGUGGCAAAAAGUCACGAAAGCGUCCCACCGAUGUGUCGGGCCGUUUUUGGUCCGGUGAGCUGUCGGCACGCAGCAACCAGGAUCAUCAGCGUGACUUCGAGGAGAAGAUCAUGAAGCAGGUGGCCAACUACGUGACCAAGAAGACGGGAACGGAUCAGUGUCUGGUGCAGAAUGCCCAACCGCUGGGCGGCUCCUAUGUGCGCCUGGAAUCCGAGUGGAAGGAGAUGCUCAAGCAGCGCCACAGCCAUCACAAUGUCCAGGGAACCAAUGCCGCUGGCCUCUCGUUGCCCCAGAGCAGCAACACUUGCUUGGGAUCCGCCAUUGCAACUGGUGGAUCCUCCGUGUCCGUCAUGUCCAAGCAGAAGCACAAGUAGAGAUUCGUUUUCGAGUAGAGAUGUUCAUUGUAUUCGCCGGCAGAGUUCGUAGACCAAAUGUUUAGUCACAGAUUAUUAGUAAAAUCUUUAGUGCAAAUCAUAAAUAUUCAAAUGAAAAUGUAGAAAAAAAUUAAUUAAUUGAAAAUUUAGAAAAAUAUACAUAUAUAUGAUUA